UGCUCGAUAGGUAGCAGAAAUGCAGAGUUGCUUCCAAAUCGCUGGGCUGAAAAUGCCGCCAACAUUAUGUUAAAACAGCUGCUGCACUUUGUUUACAUUACUACUUUUGAAAAUGAAUUACUUUCCAAGCUAUUAUUCAAUCGAGGAUAUAUUUGUAACACAAGAGAAGGUCGAAUGCAAAGUUAAUACGCGCCUGCAGCGAAUGGGUUUCUUAGACGCGGGCUCUGAAACAGAGGACUUGGAACCAGGACGAACUAUUAAUUUGCCGCUCUGGUACAUUAAAGAACUAAAGGUUAAUAAUUCUUACUUUACCAUUGCUGUGCCGGAGAUUUAUAAAAACGUACACAAAGCCGUUUGCGAGGCGGAGACCACCCACAUUGAGCUAGGUCGACUGCAUCCGUACUUCUAUGAGUUCGGACGCUAUCUAACGCCCUACGAUCGCAACCAUGUCAUAGGUCGCAUAAUAUUCGAAACACUGCGACAACGAGUGCGACAUUUGCUGGAUAUAUCCAAGAAUGAUGGAGAUCAGAGCAAGCCCGAGCAACGCUUGGACAACAUUGAGUCGAAGCUUCAUGAGGCUGGCGUACGCACCAACACAUUGUAUGUCAACUGGCUGCAGCUGCGUGGCAAUAAUAUUUGCAUAUCAGAGUUGGUGCAGGAACAUCAGAAGAAACGCAAACGCGCCGAUCGUAGCGAAGAUGAAGGAAGCGGUGACGGGGGAUCACCCAGCAGUAAGCGCAUUACAUUGUAGUUUAUCUAAAAAUUAUUGUAUUAAGAAAAGAGA